AUGGCGCGGCCACCUCGGCGCCCUCGCUGGUGGCCCCCGGCUCCUUCUCGGCCUCUCUCCUUCCUCCCUCCUCUGCUGCUGCCGCUGCUGGCCGUGGCCACCACGCUCCCGGGGCUCCCGGCCACGGCGGCCUCCUCGCCCACGCCGUGCCCGGCCGCCUGCACGUGCAGCAACCAGGCCAGCCGCGUCAUCUGCACGCGGCGCGAGCUGCUGGAGGUGCCGCAGAGCAUCUCGGUGAACACGCGCUACCUGAACCUGCAGGAGAACCACAUCCAGGUGAUCCGCACCGACACCUUCAAGCACCUGCGGCACCUGGAGAUCCUGCAGCUCAGCCGCAACCUGGUGCGCAAGGUGGAGGUGGGAGCCUUCAACGGCCUGCCCAACCUCAACACGCUGGAGCUCUUCGACAACCGGCUCACCACGGUGCCCACGCAGGCCUUCGAGUACCUGUCCAAGCUGCGGGAGCUGUGGCUGAGGAACAACCCCAUCGAGAGCAUCCCCAGCUACGCCUUCAACCGCGUGCCCUCGCUGCGCCGCCUCGACCUGGGCGAGCUCAAGCGCCUCGAGUACAUCUCGGAGGCCGCCUUCGAGGGCCUGGUCAACCUGCGCUACCUCAACCUGGGCAUGUGCAACCUCAAGGAGAUCCCGAACCUGACGGCGCUGGUGAGGCUGGAGGAGCUGGAGCUGUCCGGGAACCGCCUGGGCCGGGUGAGGCCGGGCUCCUUCCAGGGGCUGGGCAGCCUGCGGAAGCUGUGGCUGAUGCACGCGCGGGUGGCGGCCGUGGAGCGCAACGCCUUCGACGACCUGAAGGCUCUGGAGGAGCUCAACCUGGCCCACAACGACCUGGCCUCGCUGCCCCACGACCUGUUCGCCCCCCUGCACCGGCUGGAGCGCGUGCACCUGCACCACAACCCGUGGCGCUGCGACUGCGACGUGCUGUGGCUGAGCUGGUGGCUGCGCGAGACCGUGCCCAGCAACACGAGCUGCUGCGCCCGCUGCCACGCGCCGCCCGCGCUGCGCGGCCGCUACCUGGGCGAGCUGGAGCCCGGCCACUUCACCUGCUACGCCCCGGUCAUCGUGGAGCCGCCGGCCGACCUCAACGUCACCGAGGGCAUGGCGGCCGAGCUCAAGUGCCGCACGGGCACGGCCAUGACGUCGGUGAACUGGCUGACGCCCAACGGCACGCUGAUGACGCACGGCUCGUACCGCGUGCGCAUCUCGGUGCUGCACGACGGCACGCUCAACUUCACCAACGUCACCGUGCAGGACACGGGCCAGUACACGUGCAUGGUGACCAACGCCGCCGGCAACACCACGGCCACCGCCACGCUCAACGUCUCGGCCGCCGACGCCGCCGCCGCCGCCGCCGCCGCAGCGGCCGCCGCGGCCGCCACCGGUUACACCUAUUUCACCACGGUCACCGUGGAGACCACCGAGGGCGCCGGAGGCGACGAGCAAGGCCCCCAAACCCCCGCGGCUCCCACGGCGGCCGGUUGGGAACCGGGCGCCGGAGCCUCCACGGCCGCGCCGGCCACGCGAGCCACGGGCAAACCUUUCACCGUGCCCAUCACGGCCGCCGCCGCCGCCGGAGGAGCCGCGGGAGGAGCAGGAGCAGGAGGAGGAGGAGGAGGAACGGGAGGAGGCCUCCAAGACCUGGACGACGUCUUGAAGACCACCAAGAUCAUCAUCGGCUGCUUCGUGGCCAUCACCUUCAUGGCCGCCGUCAUGCUGGUGGCCUUCUACAAGCUCCGCAAGCAGCACCAGCGCCACAAGCACCGCGGCGGCCCCGCGCGCGCCGUCGAGAUCGUCAACGUGGAGGACGAGCUGGCCGGGCCCGGCUCCACCACCGGCGGCUCCGGUGGCACCGCGGGGACAGGUGGGGACAAUCGAUUGGCUCUGCCGGCUUUGGAGAGGGAGCACCUGGACAGGUACGCGGCGUUGGCCGCGCACUACGGGGGCCCGGCGGCGGCGCUGGGCUGCGGGAAGACGCCGCUGCUCAACUCGGUGCACGAGCCCCUGCUCUUCAAGAGCCCCUCCAAGGAGAACGUGCAGGAGACGCAGAUUUGA